UUUUUUUCCAUUCUGUGCUCCACCCUUUCCCCUUGUGUGAUCUCUUUCUCUUCCUUCAUAGAUAUCAAAUUUGUGAGAGUGAGUUAUGUUGAAAAUGGAGGGUGGUUCAGUGUGGUUACUUUAUGCUGGUGGUGCUCUUUUAGCCCUGAGGUUCAUCCUCAAGAAUAUUAACUGGUUGCUCUAUGAAUACAAACUGGGUGGGAAGCAAUACUUUCUUCCCCCUGGUGAUCUUGGCUGGCCCAUAAUCGGGAACAUGUGGUCUUUCCUCAGUGCUUUCAAAACCACAAACCCUGAUACCUUUAUGGACAAAUUUUAUUCCAAGUAUGGAAAGACUGGGGUAUACAAGGUGUUUAUGUUUGGACAUCCAAGUAUAAUCGUGACAACACCAGAAGCAUGCAAAAAAGUGUUGACAGAUGAUGAAAACUUCACUCUGGGAUGGCCUAGUUCCACAGUAGAACUGAUGGGUGAAAAGUCUUUCAUUGCAAUUCCCUAUGAUGAACACAAACGCCUUAGGCGCCUAACAUCAGCUUCCGUCAAUGGUUAUGAAGCACUCUCUGUUUACAUUACAUUUAUUGAAGAUGUUGUCAAAAGUUCAUUGGAGAAAUGGACCACUAUGGGGAACAUUGAGUUUUUGACUGAGAUGCGCAAGCUUACCUUCAAAGUCAUUAUACACAUUUUUCUUGGUUCAGAAAGUGAGUUGAUCAUGGAGAAUUUGGAAAAAGAAUACACCAAACUCAAUUAUGGAGUUAGAGCCAUGAGAAUUAACCUUCCCGGAUUCGCAUUCAACACAUCUCUCAAGGCAAGGAAAAAUCUUUGUGCCAUAUUUCAAUCUGUUGUGGAUAAAAGAAGAAGUGAAAGGAGGCAAAAAAUACCCGGCAAAAAGGCCAAGGAUAUGAUGGAUGCUCUGAUAGAUGUUGAAGAUGACAAUGGAAGAAAAUUGGGUGAUGAUGAUGUGAUUGAUAUCAUGUUGAUGUACUUGAAUGCUGGUCAUGAAUCCUCUGGACAUAUUACCACCUGGGCAACCUAUUUCCUCCAAAGGCAUCCUGAAUAUUUCCAGAAGGCUAAGGAAGAACAAGAAGAAAUUAUAAGGAAUAGGCCUCCAAAUCAGAAAGGAUUGUCACUUGCUGAAGUUCGGAAGAUGGAUUAUCUAUCCAAGGUGGUUGAUGAAACACUGCGCCUGAUCACAUUCUCACUGAUGGUCUUUCGGGAGACAAAGAAUGAUGUCAACAUCAAUGGUUACCUGAUUCCAAAAGGUUGGAAAGUAAUGACGUGGUUCAGGUCUAUUCACCUUGAUCCAACUAUAUAUCCUAAUCCAAAGGAGUUUAACCCUGAGAGAUGGAAUGAGGUGCGCAAGGCUGGAGAAUUUCUUCCCUUUGGAGCAGGAACUAGACUGUGUCCUGGGAAUGAUCUUGCGAAGCUGGAAAUCUCAGUGUUCCUUCAUCAUUUUCUGCUGGGUUACAAGCUUGAACAGCUUAACCCUCUUGCCCCCAUGAAAUUCCUUCCUCACACAAGGCCCAUUGAUAACUGCGUGGCAAGGAUCAAGAAAGUGAAGUAAUUCUGGUGUGGAAGAUCCUUGCAUGGAAUAUGGAAGCAUGUCACAGUGGCUCUUCUUCGUAGGAACCUAUCUACAAGUUUCCCAACAAAUAAAAGCAGGGAUCUGGAUAGUCAAUCCAUCCUGUUCUUCGUAUCAAAACUUUUGUCGUUUGUUGUCUUUUCAGUGUUAUCCAUCUGCGUGAAUAAACUAUGUGUUCUAUGAAUCUAUGUUCUAUUUGCUUGUA